CCGCAGGGCGCCGGCAGCUGCGGUCCGAGCGGGGCGCUGCGAUGGGCGCUAAGCGGCGUGGGGCAGCGGCGGCACCGGCAGCGCCGGGGAAGAAGCGUGGGAAGCAGGACGUUUGCGCCCAGCUCUGCGCUGCUCUCAGUGACCUGGCGCUAAAGGAGCGGGCGGCGGAGGCCUGGGAACGCGGGGAGCCGCUGCAGCAUGAGGCGGUGUCAGUGGAGCCGGCCCCGUUCCGGCACGGCGUCAUCUCCGGCUUCCUGGCGGGACCGGCCUUCCCGGAGGCGCUGCGCGAUGAACUGCUGGGGCUCAGCUUCCGCGGCCGGCGGAACGACCUCCUCUCCCUACAGCAGUCCGAGGACCUCGGGGGAAGUUCGGAGCCCCACGUCGCUGCGCUGAGGCAUGCUCUCCGUGAGGAAUUCCGAGCAUGGCUUUCUGCUGUGACCCAGACUGAGCUGGAGCCAACUCUUGACAUCUCCUGUGCCAAAUAUGAAUACACUGAUGUCCUGCUGUGCCACGAUGACGAGCUGGAAGGUCGGAGAAUUGCUUUCAUCCUCUACCUGGUCCCAGCCUGGGAGAAAAGUGAUGGAGGAACACUGGACCUGUACAGCACAGAUGAACACUUUGAGCCUCAGCAGAUCAUCAAGUCCUUAGUGCCUUCCUGGAACACCCUGGUUUUCUUUGAAGUGUCUCCAGUCUCUUUCCACCAGGUGUCGGAGGUGGUGUCGCGCAAGUGCCGCCUGUCCCUCAGCGGCUGGUUCCACGGCCCCGCCUGCGCCAGAGCCGCUCGCCGCAGCCAGCCCGCACCGCCCCGGAGCCCGCACCUGCCCUGCGACCAUGAAAUCCUCUAUGAGUGGAUCAAUCAAGUUUACUUGGACAUGGACUCUCAAGCUCAGAUCCAGGAGGAAUUUGAGGAGAGAUCAGAAAUUCUCCUGAAGGAUUUCCUUAAGAAAGAGAAAUACCAACUGCUCUGUGAAGCUCUGCAGGACAAAGACAUCCAGUGGAGCAGCCGAGGGCCUGCCAAUAAAAGGCUCUACGAGGCAGCAGAAGAGAACAGUCUGCCUGAGGGCCUGAAGGGCUUCCUGCGGUUCCUGCGCUCCGAGGCUUUCUUCUUACUGCUUUCCAACUUCACUGGCCUGAAGCUGCACUUCCUGGCUCCCUCUGAUGAGGAUGAAGAUGCUGGGGAAGGGCAAGCAGCAGACAGUGCUGGGCACAGCAGUCCCAAAGCUGAGCAGGAGGGGAGUGAAGCACACGCUGAUGGCGAUGCCCAGCAGCCUGCCAGCGUUCCUGAAGCCCAGGAUGGCUCAGGUAGCAGCCCUUUGUGCACGGGGGAGCUGAGGCGCUGGACCCACGGGCACUAUACUCUGGUCCACGACACUCAAGCAACAGAGUUUGCUCUUGACCUGCUUUUCUUCUGUGGCUGUGAAGACUGGGACCCAGACUAUGGUGGCUUCACGUCCUACAUCGCCAAAGGUGAAGAUGAAGAGCUGCUGACAGUGAACCCAGAGGAGAACUGCUUGGCCUUGGUUUACAGAGACAAAGAAACGAUGAAGUUUGUGAAGUACAUCAACCACCAGAGCCUGGCACGCAUGAAGAAGCAUCCCAACAGAGCAGGAUUUUGGGAUUUUUCCUUUGUCUAUUACGAGUGAUGGUGCAGAGUGUGGCCACUGGCACUCAAGAGCGUGGUGGUGAGGUGAGGGGACAGGUUUCUGUCCAGCUCAGCUGGGCCCUGCCCCAGCACAGCCACUUCGCUGCUGCUGGCUUCACCGCGCUGCGCAGGAGCUGUGCCCUGCCUCUCGGAGGGAGGGGGUCCAGGUGACUUAUUUAACUGUGCCAACAGCAACCCAGACUCAGGGGGCACGGUCACAUCUCUGCCAGCCCUCCAGCUGUCCUCUGAUGGAAGUGGAGGGUGGGAUGUGCCUCCAAGCCUGUAGGGCUGACAGUGACAAGCCUGCGUUGCCCCCAGCGGCUGACUGCUGCUUAUUAAACGGCAAAAGGAAAGGAAA